AUGGCACAAGCUAUCGCGAUGAUCAAGGACAUAAAUCCUACUGCGAAAAAUUUGACACUACAAGUUAGAGUUGUUCGUUUAUGGACAAUGGCGUCAUUCAAAAAUUCGGAGGAUGUUUACUCUAUUGACAUGGGUGAUAAAAUACAAGCGACUAUCAAGAAAUCUUUGUUGAGAACAUUUCAGCCUCUACUCAAGGAGGGGGAAAUAUAUACUAUAUCAAACUAUCGUGUUGGAAAGAAUAGUGGGGAAUACAAGCCUACUGGUCACCCAUACAAAAUAAAUUUUGUGAUUUUGACCCGUGUUAACGUCUUACAUGCGGCAAAUAUUCCUACAUAUGGUUUUGAUUUGGUGCCUUUUGAUGCAAUCAUUCCAAAUGGCCUAGAUAGCACCUGUUUAGUGGAUGUGAUUGGAUAUCUUUCUGGAGUAACAAGUAGUGAUGAUUAUAUGAGGAAUGGAAUUUAUACAAAGCAACUCACUAUUCACUUUGGGAAAGGAGGAAAGACUUCAUCAGAAAUGGUGACUCAGCUAAGUAGUCAUACCUCUCAGAAAAAUGAAACUGAAUUCCUAAAAAAAUCUGAGAGAAAGCAUGUUGAUAAGAUACGUGAGACACAAGAGGCACGUGAUUAA